CCAGUUACCUCUCCUCCGUCUUCCCCCUUAGAUGAAGCUGCAGUGCAGGUUCAGGGGGCAGCCGCGACCUGCGUCCGGGACUCCGGCGCUGCGACGACGACACGUUCAGAGACUCCGGGCUCCCGCCGGCGAGAGGCCGAGGGAAGUCCAAUCCGUGUUGAAGGCACAGAUGUCAUCCUGUACCAUGGCCUCUUUAAUUUGUUCACAGAUAAAAUUAAGCAAAGCACAUAUUAGGAACAGGAGACAGAUUCAUGAGAAUGGACAAAUCAGAUUGCCUAAAUCUCUUUAUUGGAAACCUCUACACUCUGGCCAUUUUGAAAAUAUUGUCUUGCGAUGCACUCAAAAUUUGUCUUGGGAGGCCUCCCUUCCAUAUGCCUCUGCAGAAGAUGGUGCCAACAUUAUUAAGGGAACUGAAGUUGUUGAACCUAUUGAUACAGAAGAAGCACCAGAAAUUCCGAUCCUCCAGAGUGACCAGGAUUUUGUGGAGGUGAUAAAAGAACCUUCCAUGCAGCUGACAACUUUUAAACUGCCAAUUUGGCUUUUAGGGCCUUCAAUUCUGUUGGUUACGAGUAUAGUUCCAACUUUAUGGCUACCAUUGUCUUCAGUGUUUCUUGGUCCCAACAUUGCCGGCCUUCUAUCCCUAGUGGGACUUGACUUCAUUUUUAACAUGGGAGCAAUGCUGUUUUUCCUUAUGGCUGAUGCUUGUGGGCGUCCGGAGGCCAAUUCAUCCGAACUGAUAAAGCAGAUCCCAACUUCUUACAGGUUCUGGAAUCUGGCUGCCAGCAUAGUAGGCUUUCUUGUUCCUUUGGCCCUGUUUUUCGCAUCUCAUAAGGGUACUCUGCAGCCACAUAUACCAUUCAUUCCGUUUGCAGUGCUGCUUGGACCAUAUCUCUUGCUCCUUUCUGUACAAGUUUUGACUGAGAUGCUUACUUGGCACUGGAAAUCGCCAGUUUGGUUGGUGGCCCCUGUGGUUUAUGAGGGUUACCGAGUUCUACAGCUGAUGAGGGGUCUUCAGUUAGCCGAUGAGAUCACUGCGCCUGGAUGGAUGGUGCAAAGUCUUCGUGGUUUGGUGUCAUGGUGGGUUCUGGUUCUAGGCAUCCAACUGAUGCGCGUGGCUUGGUUUGCUGGACUCAAAUUUGCAAGCACUUCAAGCACGAAAUGCUAUUCUGAUGCUACUCCUGGCACCGUCUGGGGUUGCUCACAGGUGCCUUCUUCAUCAACUAGUUCAGUAGAUCGUAUAGACGAACAAUUAUCAGACUGUGUGUAAUCACUCUUGUACAUACAAAGUUUUUUUUUAUAAUACAGAAAUAUAUGUCUUUACAUUUCCUCGGUGAAGGCUGAAUUGCAUUGCACAUA